GCCUGGGAGCAGGAAGAGGCUCGGGCCGGGCCGCGGCGGAGCCCCCGGGCCGAGGCAGCGCAGCGCAGCGCACAAAGGGCGGCCGAGGCGCGCGCGAUGCCCGGCGGGCGGCGGGGGGCGGCGGGCGAGUGAGCGGGCUGGAGGGGCGAGGCGGGCGCGAUGGCGUCGUCGUGCAGCCUGAAGGACGAGCUGGUGUGCUCCAUCUGCCUGAGCAUCUACCAGGACCCGGUGAGCUUCGGCUGCGAGCACUACUUCUGCCGCCGCUGCAUCACCGAGCACUGGAGCCGGCAGGAGGCGCAGGCGGCGCCGGCGCGCGACUGCCCCGAGUGCCGGCGCACCUUCGCCGAGCCCAGCCUCUCGCCCAGCCUCAAGCUGGCCAACAUCGUCGAGCGCUACGCCGCCUUCCCGCUGGACGCCAUCCUGAGCGCGCAGCGCGGCGCCUUCGCCUGCGCCAAGGAGCACGCCAAGGUCAAGCUCUUCUGCCUCACCGACCGCGCCGUCGUCUGCUUCUUCUGCGACGAGCCGGCCGUGCACGAGCAGCACCAGGUCACCAGCCUGGACGACGCCUUCGAGGAGCUGCAGCGGGAGCUGAAGGAGCAGCUGCAGACGCUGCAGGACAGCGAGCGCGGCCACACGGAGGCCUUGGCCCUUCUGAAGCGCCAGCUGGCCGAGACGAAGUCCUCCGCCAAGAGCUUGCGAGCCACGAUCGGAGAGGCCUUUGAGAGGCUGCACCGGCUGCUGCGUGAACGGCAGAAGGCCAUGUUGGAGGAGCUGGAAGCUGACACUGCCAGGACCUUGACGGAUAUCGAGCAGAAGAUCCAGCGGUACAGCCAGCAGCUCCGCAAGGUGCAGGAAGGCAGCCAGAUCCUGCAGGAGAGGCUGGCCGAAGUGGACAAGCAGGCCUUCCUGGCAGGCAUCGGCUCCCUUUCCGAGAGGCUGAAGGGCAAGAUCCACGAAACGAACCUCACGUACGAAGACUUCCCCACUCCCAAGUACAUGGGGCCCCUUCAGUAUACCAUCUGGAAGUCUCUCUUCCAGGACAUCCACCCAGUGCCAGCAGCGCUCACCCUGGACCCUGCAACUGCUCACCAGCGCCUCAUUCUGUCCGACGACUGCACCAUCGUGGCCUACGGCAACCUGCACCCGCAGCCCCUGCAGGACUCUCCCAGGCGCUUUGACGUGGAAGUGUCGGUCCUGGGCUCGGAGGCCUUUGGCAGCGGAGUGCAUUACUGGGAGGUGGUCGUCUCCGAGAAGACGCAGUGGAUGAUCGGCCUGGCUCACGAGGCCGUCACCCGCAAAGGCAGCAUCCAGAUCCAGCCCAGCCGGGGCUUCUACUGUAUCGUCAUGCAUGACGGCAACCAGUACAGCGCCUGCACGGAGCCUUGGACUCGGCUGAACGUGAAGAGCAAGCUGGAGAAGGUGGGCGUCUUCCUGGACUUCGACAAGGGACUGCUGAUCUUCUACAAUGCUGACGACAUGUCGUGGCUGUACACCUUCCGGGAAAGGUUUCCUGGCAAGCUGUGCUCCUACUUCAGCCCGGGGCAGAGCCACGCAAACGGAAAAAACGUGCAGCCGCUCCGCAUCAACACCGUCCGUAUCUGAGGGCUCCUGAUGCCCCCCAAGGGGAGCGCCCCUGCGUGUGUGAGCAGAACGGCUGGUGCUCUGGACAGUGCAGAGCUGGGGGCAGGCUGAGCUUGGAAGCCUCCUGGGGAGUAGUCGGGGCAGGGGGAGCUUUAUCGGUGCGCCCAGGGGACAGCUGCAAGGCGGGCUGUGGGAAGUUGUCCUUGCGCGUGCUGUUGAUGGGAUCUUGAUGGGACUGGCAGCCGAGUGCUUCAGUCGGGGUCAGAGGAACAGCUUUGUCCUCUUGCUAGUGGCAGCCAGGGCUGCACAUCUGCAUGUACCGAAAGUCCACCCCCUUCUCUGGUGGCAUAGCUGGGAAAUGGGUCCAUAUACAUUCAUACAGACUUUGGCUCCUCUUGUUUUCUGUUACACAGGCCGUGUGCAAAAUGAACACUCUCUCCUCUGUCAUGUGGGGCACACUGGUCGUCUCCCAAUUUAAAAUGGAUUUUUGAAGAAGAAAAUACUUUACUGUGGGUGGGGUGAGGGAAGAAAGCGAAAUAAACGGA